AUGAGCAUAUUGCUCGUGUUUCCAUAUAGUCUUGCCCGUAUUGCACAACCAUUGCUUAUUCGUCAAAUUGUUCUCUACAUUAAAGGUCAAUUGGGAUUGCCUGCUUAUGUUGGCUAUCUAUGCGCUAUUACUCUUUGCAUUUCUGCAAUUGUAGAAGCCAUUAUUGAUCAACAGAUCUUCUUUCGGAACACUCGCGUAGGUAUGCGAGUUCGCAAUACAUUAUCAUCUACCAUCUAUAAGCACUUGUUGACUAUCAAUACGGCAGCUCUUCACAAGACUACUGCUGCUCAGAUGAUUAAUUUAGUAGGAAAUGAUGCUGGUAAAUUUGAAGAAUUAAGCAUGUUCGUUCAUGCUUUAGUGCUGGUACCUCUGGAAACUCUUGCUAUAUUUGGUCUCGUUUGGUGGAACAUCGGCUUACCGACAUUAUUCGGCUAUGCAGUACUGAUUUUAUUAGUACCCAUACAGCUCAUUUUUAGUAGGCAAUUCAGCCGAUACCGAAAGACCACAAUGGCAUGUACAGACAAGCGUGUGCAAACAAUCAAUGAACUUGUCAGUGGAUGUCAAAUUAUUAAAAUGUACAAUUGGGAAAAAGCCAUGGAGCAACGAGUUCGUGAAACACGUCGACGUGAACUUUCGAACAUUUACAGAGCCAGCUGUUUGAGAGCUCUUAAUACUGCUCUUUCCUUCGCAACGUUACCUUUGAUUUCUCUUGCUACAUUCGGUGGUAGUUGGCUAUUGGGUCGAACUUUGCUUUCAGAAAAUAUUUUCGCGACACUGGCCUUCUUCGCCAUGCUUCGAGUUUCUGUAACACUUACAAUGCUGUAUGCGAUCGAAAAGUUUAGCGAGGCUCGUGUUUCUGCAAGAAGAAUCGAUCAAUUUAUGCAAGUUGACGUAUUGUUGAAUAAACGUGAAAAAGUGGAAAAUGAAAACGAAGAUCAUGCAAUCAUAAUGAUAGAUGCAUCAUUUUCUUGGAAAGAUACUCCUUCUUUGUUUUCUCUCAAUCUCCAAGUCAGAAAGGGUAACCUGGUUGGAGUGAAAGGUGCUAUUGGUGCUGGCAAGUCAACCCUACUAGCCGCAAUUCUUGGUGAGAUCAAUCUUAUCAAUGGAAAACUGCGACUGUAUGUUGAUUCUAUUUCGUACGCUCCACAAUCAGCAUGGAUAUUUGCUGACACUAUUCGAGCUAAUAUUCUUCUUAACAAACCAAUGAAUGAAGAACGUUACAAGCAAGUAAUCAAGGCAUGUUGUCUUGAUAUCGAUCUACAGAAUUUCGGUGAAGUUGGUGAUUUAUUGAUGAUUGGUGACAAAGGUGUCAAUUUGAGUGGAGGACAAAAAGCUCGAAUAUCGCUCGCUCGUGCUUUGUACGCUGAUGCUGACUUAUAUUUACUUGAUGAUCCAUUUGCUGCUGUUGAUCCAAAGGUGGCAAAGAAGAUAUUUGAUCAAUGCAUCGGUCCUCGUAGUCUCCUUCGCGGAAAGACUCGAAUAUUGGUUACACAUCAGACACAUUUCUUAAUUGAAGCAGAUCAAAUGAUUCUCUUGACGAAGGGUCACAGCGACGAAUUACAUAUUGAACAACGGUGUGCCAUUGAGCCAUCCAAUGAUACAUCAGAAACAGAUUUACCUAAUGACGAGAAGACAGAUUGGACACUUAAUACUGCUGCAACUGAUAUGAAUUCGAUUGUAAAGAGUGAGACAUCAGUUGACGGUACCAUUGAGUGGACUGUUUGGCUAAAACUGUUUACUUCACCACCUUUACGUUGGUUUGGCUUUUUUCUAAUGAUAAUUUUUAUGCUUGGUAACGAAGCUCUGUACGAUUUUACAAAUAAUUGGCUCGCUCUAUGGUCUAGUAAAGAUGAAAGUGAACAACGAUCGUCAUUUUAUGCUUACGUCUAUCUUGGAGUUAUAUUGGCUACGUUGAUCGUUGCAUUAAUACGUGCCGGCUAUACCUUCUAUAUCAUGUUGCGUGGUUCCACCUAUUUUCACAAUCGAAUGCUUAAAGGUAUCUUAUAUACUUCGUUACGUUUCUUUGAAAGUAAUCCAAGUGGACGAAUAUUGAAUCGAGCAAGCAAAGAUCAACAGGUGUUAGACGAAUCAUUACCUCUAGCUUUAAUUGAUACUAUGCAAUAUUUACUAAUGACUCUAGGUUCUAUUACAAUCAUUGGUAUGACCAACCCAUGGGUGCUUCUAAUUCUCAUUCCUUUAGUUCCUACAGUUUUGUGGCUUCGUAGAUUUUACGUGCGUUCGAGUCGUCAACUCAAACGACUCGAAAGUGUAACGCGUAGUCCAAUUUAUGCAUUGUUCUCGUCGUCAUUAGACGGACUCACUAGUAUUCGUGCGUUUGACGUCCAAGGUGAUUUUUUGAAUAUGUUCAUGGAAAGAAUCGAUUCUAAUUCACGAGCUUACUUCAUUCUCUUUACAGCUGCACGUUGGUUCGGUUUACGACUCGAUCUUAUGACAUCCUUACUCACUUUGGUUACUGCUAUACUUGCAGUAGCGUUGCGUCACCAAAUCGAUCCAUCAGCAGCAGCACUUAGUAUCAGCUAUUGUAUCAGUUUAACAGGUCUGUUUCAAUGGGCUAUACGACAAUCAGCCGAAGCUGAAAAUUUCAUGACCAGUGCAGAACGUAUUCAUGAAUAUGGCCAACUAGUACCAGAAAGCCAUCGGAACAGUAAUGAAAGCAGUGGACUCAUUCAACCAACAGAUGAUUGGCCUUCUCGUGGCAUUAUUGAAUUUAAAAACUACACUUUUCGCUAUCGGCCAGAGCUCGAUCCUGUACUCAAAAACCUUAACCUACGAAUUGAGUCCAAAGAAAAGAUUGGAGUUAUUGGUCGGACAGGUGCCGGAAAGUCAUCACUUCUUCAAGCUCUUUUUCGACUUGUCGAUCAGUCAGCAAUCAACGGAACCAUUCUUAUCGAUGACAUCGAUAUUGGACGUAUUUCACUUGAUCAUCUUCGUUCUCAUCUAAGUGUUAUUCCACAAGUACCUAUACUCUUUUGUGGUACUCUUCGAUACAAUAUUGAUCCAUUCGAACAAUUCUCAGAUGAAGAGUGUCUUACAGCACUUGAAGCUGUUCAACUUAAACAAUUGGUGUGCAACCAUCCCGAUGCACUUCAUCUGUUGGUAGCUGAAUCGGGUACUAAUUUGAGUGCUGGUGAACGCCAACUGAUUUGUGUAGCUCGAGCAAUUCUGAAGAGAAGUCACAUAUUGCUGAUUGAUGAGGCUACAGCAAACGUUGACCAUGCCACUGAUAGAAUGAUUCAAGAAGUGAUUGCUGACAAGUUUCGUGAUCGCACCAUAUUAACGAUUGCACAUCGAUUAAAUACAGUAGUCAAUAGUGACCGCAUUCUUAUGUUACAACAGGGAGAGGUUGCCUACUUCGAUGCGCCUAGUAACAUUAACCUAAUUUAA